CAGGAGAUAGCGGCGCAGGAUUCAAACUGAACAUGGCUGCGGGGAACGAUGUUGAUGAAAACACACAAAAUAGAAGAAGUAUGGUGACCCACAGCGAGGAAUCGCCCGGCCCCUCCUAUGCUGUCAGACCUCCAGUCAUCUUUAACCCAGAUUUCUUUGUGGAGAAGCUCCGCCACGAGAAUCCUGAGGCUUUCCUGGAGCUCGUGCUCAGUAACAUCACCCGGCUUAUUGAUCUUCCUGGGAUGGAGUUCGCUCAGCUCCUCGGGGAGGAGGGCCCCAAGAUCCCAACAACAGGAAACGGAGGCUUUUUCCGUUCUCUUAACUUCCUCAAACGAAAAGAUAAAGGCGUCGUAUUCGGAACCCCCCUGACUGAGAGCUGCAUCGCUCAGAUCUAUCAGCUUAUCGAGUACCUCAGCAAAAAUCUGCAUGUGGAGGGGCUGUUCCGGGUCCCUGGGAACACCGUUCGGCAGAACACCUUGAAGGAGCUGCUUAAUAGCGGGGCCGAUGUUGACCUCGAGGCUGGAGAUUUUCACCCCAACGACGUCGCCACACUCCUUAAGACUUUUUUGGGGGAUCUGCCGGAGCCUCUGCUGACGCACCGACACUUCCACGUGCACCUUAAAAUAGCUGAUAUGACUCUGUUUGAUGAGCAAGGCAAUAAAACCUCUGUGCCGAACAAGGAGCGUCAGAUCGAGGCGCUGCAGCUCCUCUUCCUGUUGUUGCCACAGGCCAACCGCUCGCUGCUCAAACUGCUGCUGGACCUGCUCUACCACACUGCUAAGCAGCAGGACAAGAACAAGAUGUCCGCCUACAACCUCGCUCUCAUGUUUGCCCCACACGUCCUCUGGCCCCGACACAUGACGGCGAGUGACCUUAAAGACAAUCUGAAGAAACUGAACAGCAGCAUGGCCUUUCUCAUCAAACACUCGCAGAAACUCUUCAGGGCUCCAGUCUACCUGCGGGAAUAUGCCAGGGUCCACUUCAACGGAACAAAGGUUCUGCAGAGUAAGGAUGAUCUGGACCUGCUGGCAGUCAGCAGCCCUCUCACCCAGCGGGCAGCACUUCCUCUGAAGAGGACGGCCGUUCUGGGCCCUGCCUCCCAGGAACAAUGUCAGUCGCCUGCUCAGCAGUACACGGAGGAGGCCCUGAAGGACCUCUUCAGACACGUUCACCACAACAUGCCCGACUCUGCCAAGAAGAAGAAACUCGUCCGACAGCUUGUUAAACAGACUAAUUCAGGGACAUCUAACGAGAACCAGCUGGUCCCUCCAGCUGCCAGCAAGAAGCACCCGCGUUCGCGCUCCCUUGGUGGCCUGAUCAAGCGAAAAGCUCGAGGUGACCAGAUGAGAGACAGACACGUCUCCCCUGAAGCUGCUGCAAGGAAGCUCUGUAAAGAAAAUAUCAGGCUGCAGCCGGUGAGCGACAUCUUUUCAUUACUUUGGAUCUCACUUCAUCUUAUUUAUUCUGUGGCGGACGUAGUGGGUGACUCGCUGGAGAUCCUCAUCCUUGAGGGUCACCGCAUGGAUCUUCUCCAGUCUGUUGUCUGA